UGCGAGUGGCUUUUUCAGCACUGCUAAUGUCUCGAGAGCCAGGUGCUCCUUGUUCCACGCACAGACCUGUUGGCUCUGUGCUGGAGGAGCGGCAAUCCAACUGCAUUCAUGGGCUUCUGAAGAAGCUCCAUUGUCUCCAGAACGGAUCAUCGGCCGAGGUUACAGACUUGCCUCGGGCACAAGAAGCGGCUUGCCCUAAGCAGGAAGGUGCCACUGGUGAGAGUGCAGCGAGUGAAGAUGUGGAGAAAGGAUCCUGCAUCAGUGAUGGAAGUGUGAGGGAAUUGCUGGGUCCCCAAGGCAGAUCAGCAGCCUGGGAUAAACAGGAAAGAGCCCUCACAGCUCCAAAAGUGUGGAUCAGAUCCCAUCCCAUGCUCACCCUGGUGCUGGCUCUGCUCCUGCUCCUGUCUUUGGUGGUGGCCUUGGCUGUUGUGUCAGUAAGAAGCUGUGGAGAGACCCCAGUAACCCCAGUUACAGCUGACACUCCAGUGCUGCUGGCCUGUCCCCAUGGCUGGGUCGGGCACCGCGGGAUCUGCUACUUCCUCUCGAGGGAUCAGCUCAGCUGGGAUCAGGCUCAGGCUCGGUGCUCUGAGCUCGGGGCCUCCCUGGCCGUGCUCCAGGACUGGGAAAUGGAGUUCCUCUUCUGCCUCACCAGGAACGAGGAUCACUGGCUCGGGCUGCGCAGACGGGGCCGGGAGCUGCAGUGGGGGGACGGCAGCAGCUUCAACUCCUCGGUUCCUGUCCUGGGCAAUGCGGGGUGUGUGUUCCUGGCUGAAGGUAUGCUCAGGAGCGUGAGCUGCUCAAAUUCAAUGCCCUUUGUCUGCAGCAGACCCCAAACUCACUUUGGAUAAGAGGGUAUGGACAAAAUCCCUUCUCCACACUGGGCAGUCACAGCUUCUUCCACCCA